GUCAUGACGCUGCUCGGCACGUUGCCGCCGUCGGCGUGAGUGCCCACUUGCAAGAUGGCGGCGGCAGCGGCAGCGUCUGGCGUCCUGGGCCGGGUGGGCUGGAGGCUCCUGCAGCUGCGGUGCCUGCCCGUGCCCCGCUGCCGAUCACCUCUGAUGCCACGUGCCUUCCACACUUCUGUGGGGUUCAGGUCUUCAGAAGAGCAGAAGCAGCAGCCUCCCCACUCUUUUUCUCAGCAGCACCCUGAGACACAGGGCCCAGAGACACCUGGCUCGGAGUUUCCUCGUCCACCCCCCAGGUACACAGACCAGAGUGGAGAGGAGGAAGAGGACUAUGAGAGUGAGGAGCAGCUACAGCAUCGCAUCUUGACAGCAGCCCUAGAGUUUGUGCCUGCCCAUGGCUGGACCUCAGAGGCCAUUGCUGAAGGAGCUCAGUCUCUGGGCCUCUCCAGCGCAGCAGCCAGCAUGUUUGGGAGCGACGGCAGUGAGCUGAUUCUGCACUUUGUGACCCAGUGCAAUGCUCGCCUCACUCAUGUGCUGGAAGAAGAGCAGAAGCUAGUGCAACUGGGCCAAGCAGAGAAGAGGAAGACAGACCAGUUCCUGAGGGAUGCAGUGGAAACCAGACUGAGAAUGCUGAUCCCCUACAUUGAGCACUGGCCCCGGGCCCUAAGCAUCCUCCUGCUGCCUCACAACAUCCCGCCCAGCCUGAGCUUGCUCACCAGCAUGGUGGAUGACAUGUGGCAUUACGCCGGGGACCAGUCCACUGAUUUUAACUGGUACACCCGCCGUGCAGUGCUGGCUGGCAUCUACAACACAACUGAGCUGGUCAUGAUGCAGGACUCUUCCCCAGACUUUGAAGAUACUUGGCGUUUCCUGGAAAACCGGAUUAAUGAUGCAAUGAACAUGGGCCACACAGCUAAGCAGGUAAAGUCUACUGGAGAGGCACUGGUGCAAGGACUGAUGGGUGCAGCAGUCACGCUCAAGAACCUGACAGGUCUAAACCAGCGCCGGUGAGAGAAAGGGAAGCCUCUGUGCCUGGAAGGAGCAGCAGUAGAUAUGAAGAGCUUUAACAAGAUGCACCAUCCAUUGGACAGGAUGUUAAUGAGAACACACUGAAGAAUUUGAGUCCCUAUGACAGCCACAAGGCUGGAAAUCACAGUGCACUUGCUACUGUUCUGACCUGGGAUUGGGCCACUUCUUCAGUUCCUAAAACCAGGCCUGGCCUCCUGAUGCCUUUCUGCAUUGCAGCUGUGUGAUUGAAAAUGAGACUUACAUCCAAGCUUUGAAACCACAGAAACUUGGAUCACUCUGCAUGAUCUCACAGGCAUCUUGAUCAUGUCUUGACCUUAGAACUGCUCUCUGGGAGUUGACCACGGUGACAUAUAACUAUUCUCAGCACUCAGGAGACUGCUAUAGCAGGAUCGAGAGUUCAAAGCCAGGCUUGUCUAUGUAGAGAAAUAGAAGCCGGAUUGAACUUGAUAGUGUGAUGCUGUCAAACAAAAUCCCCGAGAAAUAUUCUUAGGGCUCA